AUGGCACCAACUGGAACUAUGAAGCAGUGGAGUGUGGCGAGCAAGGACAAGGACUUCGAUGGCCUGUCCUAUGGCGAUGCCCCAGUUCCCAAUGUUGGCGAGAAUGAAGUUCUCGUGAAAUUCCACGGCGCGUCGCUCAACUACCGUGACCUAAUUAUUCCCAAGGGAUUGUACCCCUUCGGCGUGAACUUUCCCACGAUCCCCGGUUCCGAUGGUGCCGGCGAGGUUAUCGGCGUUGGAUCCAAAGUAACACAAUUCCGCAAGGGUGACAAUGUGGUUACUUUGUUCAACCAAGGACACCAAUAUGGGCCGAUUGACCUCGCAGCGGCCCAGAGCGGUCUGGGGGGUGCAGUGGAUGGUGUUUUGCGCCAGUAUGGAGUCUUUAACGAAAACGGCGUUGUUAAAAGCCCGAAGAACCUCAACCACCUGGAAGCAAGCACCCUUACCUGUGCCGGACUCACUAGUUGGAAUGCCCUGUAUGGCCUGAAACCUCUGCAACCCGGACAGACUGUGUUAGUGCAAGGCACAGGCGGCGUCAGUAUCUUCGCACUUCAGUUUGCUAAAGCUGCUGGGGCCUCCGUUAUUGCUACCACCUCAUCGGAAGAAAAGGGCAAGAAGCUGAAGGAGCUUGGGGCCGACCAUGUCAUCAAUUACAAGACCAACCCCAACUGGGGAGAGAUCGCUCGUACUCUGACCCCCGACAACGUCGGUGUUGAUCACAUCAUUGAGGUCGGCGGUUCCGGCACCCUUACCCAGAGCUUCAAGUGCAUCAAGUUCGAGGGAGUCAUUACCAUCAUUGGUUUUGUUGGCGGUACCGACCCCGAGAGCCAGCCUCCCGUUCUUAGCACGCUCAACAACAUUUGCACCGUACGAGGCAUUUACGUUGGAAGCAAGGCUUUGAUGAACGACAUGGUCAAAGCGAUCGAGGUGAACGACAUUCACCCGGUGCUUGAUGCCAAAGUAUUCUCCCUAGAACAAACCAGGGAAGCCUAUGAAUACAUGUGGGCUCAGAAGCACUUCGGCAAGGUGGCCAUCAAGAUCGAGUAA